GGAAUGCCUGUAACCAAGAACGUGUUGGCGUAAACAGUUAUCCGAAUAUUACUGAGUGCUCUGCUCUAAACAGCAGAAUAUAUUAAUUUAUGUUAUGGCGUGUUAUGUUAUGUUAUGACUGUCGUCUAUCUGCGCUUAGUACUUUAUGCCGUGUAGCCAUAGGCAACUCCAAACAGAACCAUGAUGUACGGCUUGCUUUCAGUCUUGGGUGUUCUAUUGGGAAUUGCCCCAGGAGUGGACUGUCGCACAGAGGUGAAACAAGUAUGUCCUGGAUCGCCAUUUUAUUUUAAACUUGAAGAUUCACUGAAAAGUCAGCACAUAAACUUGUACUUCGUCCAAAACUGGUCGGAGAGGAAAAUUGCAACGGGUACACAGAGUUUAGACCCCCAGUAUCCAUUUAAGGACAAUGAACCGUAUAUACCCGAGGUAAUGAAAAGGCAUGAAGGGGAAUAUUAUUGGGCAGUAAGGAAUGUACGUUUGAAGCUUAAUCACAUCAGAUUAAUUGUUAAAGACUGCAGCUCUCAUAAAGAUUUGGAUUAUGGUGACGAAAUCAAACUGGAUGUGCCGUCGGACGCAUCUGUGUUGGAGUUCGACCCUCACCUCUCAGACAAACGCUUGGUCUUGUGGAGCCGGAUAAAUGCCAAGAAUGAGAAGGGUGCCAGGGGCACAGUUGCGCUUGGCUACUGGAGAGCACAGAGGAUGACCCAGGCUGAUCAGGGCAGAUACGUUUUUCUCAGGGAAAGUGGAGGUCAUAUCACUGAUACAGUGGUCACUGUUCAAGCAAAAACAAAACACGCUCAUGUGGCUGAUGAAGACAUCAAAGAUAUCUGGCAAACCUUUGUUGACAUCCCUAGACAUGAGGUUGUCAUUACUUACUUCACGCCUCAUGGGGAGGAGUAUACGCUCUUCCAGAACGACGUGGAAACCGAUAAGGCUUUCAGCCUUUUCAGGGGUCGCUUAACACUGACCACUGGGUGGUUCAGCAUUUUGAAAGUGCAGCCACGUGACGCAGGACGAUACGAGAUCCGCGACAAGAAUGGACAUCUGGCCAUGUCCAUGUAUCUAAAGAGAGACCCUGAGUUCGAUUGGAAGAGUUUAAUUAUGCCCCUGGGUAUAUCUGCUGGUGUCAUGGCGGGGCUGUUGUGUUGUUGCUGGUGCUGUUGCAAGGUCUGUAGUGACAGUGACGACAGUGACAAAGCCGAAUCUACGGCUGUUUCGCCAGACACUGAACCACCUGUUCAUUUCCAUGAUCCCAUUACUUUAUCUGGACCAGACGACCCCUUGCAACCUCCAUCAUCGUCCUCAGGCAACACCCCUAACCCCUGGGAGAGCAGUCCACCUCCGUACAGCACAGUGGCCCAGUAUGAGCUAUAUGUUCCUGACAUUGCUCCCAGUCCAGUGGCUCCUGUUGCUCCAACCGAGGCUCCAGAUGAAGGAGAAGGAGCUGGAGGUGGAGCUGGUGGAGGAGCAAGAGGAGGAGGAGGUGGUGAUGGUGUUGCUCACACUGCCCCUAGUGCACCCCUUGACCCUGGGUUGCAGUACCAGCCGAGAGCCUGGGGUAAUGGCCUGGAUGACUUCCUGUCCAACGCUCCUCUCUUCUCAGACUCCACCGCUGCUGACAGCAGCACCUACAUUUCGGCCAAGCUCAACUUCUAGACUGAUUUCUGUUAAGAACAAAACACCAUGGCCCCAGCCGGCGACACCGGGUUCGAUUCCCGCCCCGUCGUCCUUUCCGGAUCCCACCCUGACUCUCUCUCCCACUCACUUCCUGUCAUUCUCCAAAAAAAAGAACAAAACACCAUUCCUCCAUGUAGUUAGAGCUUAGAUCGGGCCCAAAAAAUCAAGCCCGACCCUACCCGAGCCCGUGCAUGUUGUGCCCAAGCCUGACCCGGCCCGACACAUUAACUGUAGUUGAGCCCAGCCCGAUUUGAACCCGUCAUUUUUUAAAUACGUGGGCCAUUAUAACUAACUGACGUUCUCAACUACAAUUCUGAGUUGUUUGAGCUACAGAAAUCUUUUUAGAAUUAUCUUAAUGAAUAAUGCAACGGAGGAUGAAGCAUGUAAUAUGUUUGUUUAUUCAGGAUGGAAUAGACCGCAAAUGAAUCUGUAAUGACGUCACUCGUCAGGACCAAUGAGGGAACUGGGAGUGGUCGAAGGAAAUCGUGAAGCUGUCCGCGCGCUGUUGGAAAUAUAUCAAUUGAUUAUAAACCUCUGUUAAACCUAAUAAAUCUGACUCUGCUCAAUAUUA